AGGGGUCUCAGCCAGCUGGCCAGCAGCCUCUCCCCGCGGCCUCCAUGAGCCCACCAUUCCGCCAGUGAGUGAUCCGGCUCCCAUGGGCUCCGGGGCCCUCUCUGCCGGGCCCCAGGCCCCUCCGACCCCGCACAAGAAGAUGAAGAAGCGGAAAGAGCUGAACGCGCUGAUUGGUUUGGCCGGGGACGGUGGGAGGAAGAAGCCCAAGAAGGGCAGCGGGCAUCGGCUGCUGCGGACCGAGCCCCCGGGUUCCGACUCGGACACUGACACCGAACAGGAGGAGUACAGUUCGCUGGGGGAGAGGCACGGCCGCCUGGGAAGGGGCGAGUUGAUGCGCUGCUGCAGAGUCUGCUACCCCCUGUGUGGUUUUGUUGUGUUGACCGCUUGCGUAGUGACCUGCGUGGGGCUUGUCUGGAUGCAGGUUGCGUUGAAGGACAGCAUAGACGUUCUUAAAGACAAGUUUAGAACGAUGGAGUCUGGCCAGACGAACUCGCUUCAAGAUAUUCCCAAAAUCAAAGAAGAUUUGGUUACAAACAAAAAACAACUGAACGAGAUAUUAAAUGGUGACAGCGGGCUGAGCAAACUGUGGAAUAACAUUACGGAAAUGAACAAGCAGAUUGCGCAGCUGACGUCGGCUGUUAACCAUCUAAAAGCCAACCUAAAGUCUGCUUCUGAUUUGAUUAACCUUCCAAACACCAUGGAGGAGCUUCAGAAGAGCGUUGCUACUUUGGGCAGCACGUUAACCAGCGUUCACCAUGACGUAGAAACCAUGCAGACAGCAGCUGAAGAGCAGAAGAAGAAAGUAGAGACAUUGCAACAAGAUAUGGCAAAACUUUCUGCAAAAGAUGGACAACCGUCCCCAACGUCUUCCACUACCGGCAAUGGACUUCAUAUAACGCAGCAGGAAGUUCUGUACCUUCAGAACUCUUUUGAAGAUCUGAAUGCCACCGUGGUUCAUUAUCAGAAACAAAACGAGCUUAAAUUUCAUAACGUGGACUCCAGUGUUUCUAAUAUAAGCCAAAGAGUCGUCGUACUGGAAAAUGAAAUGCAGCUUGUAAGCAAGAUUCAGACAAAAGAAAAUGCAUCUGUCGCUACGGAGACCGACCAGGGAGAGUCCCCUAUUUCGAACCUGCGAGAGAAGCUGCAGCUCAUUCAGGCCCUGACCAACAAGCCGGAAGGAGACAAGCAAACCGGGAACGAUGGUGAGCGUGCUCCCGUGAGCGAUACGGUUACAUCACAACCCGCUCUUGCAAGACUUUCGCAGAGGUCUGUCCGAUCCAAUAAACAAGGACUCUCGUUACCUGGAAUAUCUACUGAAAGCGAUUUGAAAGAAUUGUUCCAAGCGUCAGGCCAGGGUAUUAACGGAAAAUUAUCUUACGUUGAACUGGAGAAUUUGCUUGGCGCCGGCAUUCCAGAGCCCCAGUCCUUCCUGGAGUACGAUACAGAUGGAGAUCAAAAAUAUUCCUUUUCGGAACUGAAAUCCGCUUUGGUUGCAUAGCAACUGUACGGGACAGAGGGGUAACCAUGAACUGAAGUGGCCAUGUCUACACGUGUCAAUACUCAAGCAUUGACCUGGCCUACUAAGCAAUGUUCCAGCUCAAUGAGCGUCAUUGUACAAGUUCUUUUUGGAUUUCUCUUUUUUUGACCUCUCAUGAUGGACACGAAGUGGUCCAGAGGCAUUUAUAUUUGUGCUUUUAGAAAUAUGCUAUCUGUUCCUCCCCUGACCCUUUUUAUCUUGAUUUGAAGAAAAAAAAUUAAUUUACAAAAAGCUUAGAUUCCUAAUUUUAUAGUUUAAUAAAACUUGCCUUAAGUGUGUUGCACUUUACACGUAGCGUAGAAGUGAUCUCUCACGAUAGGACCCUGACUAUAAAACGUACUAUGCACACACAGGCUGAGAGGGUCGGAGCCGUGAAGAAGAUAUGAAGCCAUGGAGAGCUGACAUGGACUUCUAGAUCCCAGCAUGUACAUAAUAUGUAAUAACACGGGACCUGAUGAGGCGGAAAUGCUGAAGACACGUAUGUACAGGGUAUUUGACAGAAGCUGCCGGUUGGGCUGGAAGAUCUUGGUCUUCAGAAUAUUUCACCGUAGAACCUCACGUUUUCUGGAUUGUGAAUGUAACGUUCUGACUCGGAACCUCAUCGAAGUGCUCAGGACGAGAAGCAGAAACUGAGCCCACUAACCAUUUUUGUCACCAUGCUAAUUUUAACCCCCCUUUUUUUUGCAUUUUAACAAGUGUGUAGCGACAGUCUUGUGCCCAAAGAUGUCUUCGAAAUGCUUGGCCAUUCUGUAGGCCGUCUUACUUUCUAGACAAAGAGCAUGCUGAGAGAAAAUCUAUAUUUAAUAAUCCUGAGAAGAGUAUUUUGGGUCUUGACGUGUAACAAAAAUUCUACUUGAUCUCACGUAUGCUUCAGAGUUGUACAUUUCUCAAAUAAACUAUUUGUAUAUAAAA